CAGUGCAUGCGAGCGACAGUAUCCAUCCAUGGUCAAUCGUGAAAGUCGCAGAAAUCCCUUGUGCGUCCCAGCAGUUACGCCAAUACUACCGAUAGAGAAGGCUUACCUUACAAGCUAGCUGUACCGAGUGUAAGUACAAACAUGUUUUCCUUGGCUCUUCCACACGUCUCAAAUCGUGGAUGUAUCAACGGCAGACUAGUCCAAGUAAAGGCUGGUCCAUACUUCGAGCGAAUGUGAAAGGGAAGUGAAUUUGACCUCAUGAAAUUUUUGCAGCAAAUUUAGCUCGAGUUAAAAUGGGUUCAACUUUCACAAAUUCGCAACGCCAACAUUUGAUUGGACAAAUUUGUGUUUGUGUUUGGUUUCGUGCUAAGUGGCCUUAAGCGCUUAACAUAUCACCUCUUUUAAUACUUUCAUAUAAUGAGUGGUAGUAUCGCUGACCUUCCUCAAAUAUUAAAUGAAGUGAUUUGUAGAGGCCUCGUUUCUCAGACUACCGGCAGACCAUGUUGUUUUCAACACUCUACUUUUUCAUGUAAAGCAGCCAUUUUUUUAAACAUCAAGACAGUACAUAUGCUUCCAUACUCAUAUUUCAUCUACUUUGCAUGUUUUGUGGAAAUUAAAAGAUAACAUUAGAAGAUGAAGUGGCUAUCCUUUAAAUGUGGCAAAUUCAUUUUGACUUCCAAGUUUGUUUUAAGCUAGCAUAGAUAACUGGCUAACCCAGCUCUUGAGGCUCAAAAGUAAAUCUCCCUAUCCCAAGAGCUUAAGACCUAGCUUAUUACAAGCUAAACAUAUUAACGAAACUCUUGGCCUCACUCACCCUGAUAAUAAAUUACUGAAUACGGUACAGCAAUUGUUCUUGGAGCUUGUUACUAAAAAUCAGUUAACCUUUUUCUUCUCAGUGAAUUUAUAAUUGGGCAAGAAUAAAGUGCAUUGAUGCUGUCCUCAAACCACUUAAUGCAAUUUACUUAAGAAAACAAGAGAACCAAGUCAUUAUUUUGACCCCAAACAUACCACGGGAAGAAAACAUAUCAAGGGGGAGACAUGUUGCCUUUCUAGUGAGAGUUCCAGUGCUUUGAUUAAUUACUGCAACCUGUUAGGGUGAGGAUUCUCUUACAGAUGAAAAAGAAAUUAACCUGUUCAUGACACUAGCUUUUAUAAUCAAAAUAAAACAUCCUGUUCAUCAAUCUGUGGAAACAUAUCAAAACCAACUGUAGGAAGCAUACCACAUCCUCCUAUUCUUUAUCAUUUACAGUCCGCAUUCCAUUACAUUUUUUUUAUUUUCAGUUGUGCAGAGUUCAGUUAAGAUGACCUGGCUAUGAAAACCUGAAACAUAGUGCAAGAUAAACUUGAUUUAUUCGCAGGUGACUAAAAUUUUAAACAAUAUAUUAUUUUCAUGUACUAAGUUUAAAGAUAAGCGGUGAGAGAUCAGAGUUCACCAAAGGUUUUCUCCACUGGCCUCUAGAGGUUCAGUAAUGAAUGGCUGCUUACUGCGGCUACUCUGUUGGCCCUUGGCAGCCAGCCAAAUGUCAAGUGAUUGUGCAAGUGUCAAAUGUCCCCAGGUUGCAAAACACAAGGGGAUUCCCCUGUUACUGCAUACAUGCACUGGACUAGAUUUAAGAGAGUUGUGUGUCGGGAUGAAUCUUUUUGGCUUUUUUCAGCCUAACAGUCUUGUUCCAAAUACUUGGCCACUUAUAAAUUCUCCACCCUUUUGUUUGACUGUCCCAGCCCUAGACCUCCCUAUUAUUUUCCUGGAGCUCAUGAGGUAAAGUUGGACUGGUGGUUUAAUUUGUCAGAAAUGACUGCCGAACAAGGCAACAUCAUACAGUAGAAUGCCGCUAAAAAGUUCAAUUCAUUUUUUUAACCGUAACUGAAUGUGAUACCAUGCACACCUUGUCGUUUUAGGCAUGUCACAUCCACAAUAUAAAACAUUAUGCACAUCACAUUAUCUCACGUACAACGGCAAGGACUACUGCACCACAACAGGUGCAGCAAUUCAUGGGGUGUUUUGCAGCAUGUUGCAGCGUCAAAUCAGCAUGUGUCUGAAUCUUGGCUGCAAGCAACGCACCUGUAUGGAAUGUGGCCGCAGCCACCAGGCCAGCGGUUUCUACAUAUGCAACCUUCACUUCCUUCACUCUCAUCAAUUGCACAUAAUCUUCUUUAACCCUAACCCUCCUCAAGCCUUCACCUGUUGGAGGACUGAGGAGUGUUAGGGUUAAGUUUGGUUUGGGGACUUUAUAGCACUUGCAGUGAAUAUUUCUCUCGUGUCUUUCAGACAGACUGUCUACAUCGGUGUAUUGUGUGGUUCCCCUGGUAGUACCUAUAUAGCACCCACCAUAAUUUCCAUCUGUUGUCCGACUUCUUCAGCAUGAAACUACCGUUGUGUGUAUUGCUAGCUCUAAGUACUCUUUUUGCUUCACGGAGUAGUGCUGAAUCAGGCUCCAGAUUGGUAUACAUGUACUUACAAAGGGGUAAGCCCGGAGAAGUCCCAAAUCCAAUUGUGGAUAAUUUGGCAAACCUGGAACAGGUUACCUCGGCCUAUUGGUACAAGAACGGUGUCCGUCUGAUUUCGUACCAUGAAGGCCAAACCUACCCUGCCUCCAGAGCUGAAGAUGGCAGAUUCAACAUCUCAGAGGAGUUUGAUCUAGUCAUCCACAAUGUGGCUGACACUGACGGAGGGGUCUACACAGUGAAGGUGGCGAAGAACGGUCAGCUGUUGCGAGGCCAGGUGAAUGUGACAGUUGUCGCUUCCUGCAAGGACAUCUUGGCUCCCAGACAUGUAUACCUUGAGCGGGGCCACCGUGGGGUGAUUCAAAAUCCUCACGCUACUAAAGAGUCUAACCGCUGGCAGAUUACCUCUGCCUAUUGGUAUAAAGAGGAACAGUUGGUGAUAUCCUGGUUUGAGGGCCACACCACCCUCAGACCUGGAGCCAAAAGUGGACAGUACAAUAUCACCAGAGAACAUUUUGCGCUGGUGAUCAACAAUGUCAGCGACACAGAUGAAGGAAAGUACGUCAGCAGAGUGGUUAGGAAUCACCAGCUGUCAGCACGGAGGCCAGUGAACGUCACAGUUGUUGUGAGACCAAGUGAGCCCAUCCCUUGGGUUGAAGAGUGCGGUUCAUCCAAAGAUCGCAAUGUCUGCUGCCGGAUAGAGCUCCCUGCUGAUGAGACCGAGUACACCCUUAACUGCCACAUUGGCAAUGCUAGACCAGCUGUCGAUCUGCAUCUGGUCCAUGUAUUGGCAAAUGGCAGUCUUGAAGUGGUGGAACAGGUUGUCCACAUUGGAACUCCUGGCACAGAACACUUUGUGGUCAACACAUCGCUGUCUUUUAAUGGAACCUUCAGUGGAAACAUCACUUUCCGUUGCCUAGCGACUGGCUUGGCAAUGGGCCAAAACAAUGGAAGCACUGUGGAAGUGCACAUCUCUAAACUGUCGAAGGAAGGAAGAAGAAGGAAGGAUUGGCAUUCCACCAGUCCAGCUUUUACAGUUUCUCCAACUACGGAAGUGGAAAACAAAGGGACUAACCGGCAUGCUUUCCACUGGAUUGAAGCUACAGUAAUACCUUCAGUUGCAGUUUCAUUCUUCAUGGUGGUUGUUUGUGUAGUUGUAGUAGUUAAAAGGAUGCGUAAAAGACAUUCUGAGAACAAGAAAUCUUUAGCAGGUGAUGCUGUAAACGUGAAAGCUAACCCUUCCCUGCAGCCCCUUACCACCCGCCCAGUCAUGCCAGGAAACCAGGGCCAUCAAGAGGAAAGCAUCCAGGGUGCUCUUUUAUAUGAAACUGUGGUGGACAUAGAUACCGGUACAUGAUUUAACGGUCUGGUAGAGUUAGGUGAUGUGGACAUCUUGGCCAGACAUUCUUGUAGAAACCAUGCAUGGCUGCAGAGGAGAUGAAGAACCUCUUAAAGAUUUGUAGUGAGAUGGGCAAUGAGGUUAAUGAGGUUAUAUUCUGUGAGACCAAUGAGCACGUCUGUAAGAAAGGCUUAGUCGUUGCCUCAAUCACUGAGUCAAAGGAAGGAUUUCAACUUGAGGACUUUCUUAUAGGUAAGGCUCAGUGAGAGAUUUUCUUUUGUGACAGCCGUAGGUGUCACAGAGCAAUUUGAAGGUGGCAAUUAGUCAUGCUAAAUUUGUUGUUUGACUGUGAGGAAAAGAGAUGCAUUAAAUAACAGAGGGCAUUGUUGAAGGUGAGACAAAAUCCAACAGGUUUACUAUUGCUACUGCUGGUUGAGAAAAAAAUCUUCCAAGGAGGAUUUGUCUGAGAAAUGGGAAGGUGCCAAUAGACCUUUUUCACCCGCGACUAAAUGUAAACAAUACCACCACGUGUGGACCGCCUUGGCCACAGUGAUCACA